AGCAAAGUGGACUCGGUCACUCAAGGACAUGAUCUGUUGCCUCUACUUUUCGAUUUGUUCAUACAUAUUUGGCAACCUCGUGUCGAUACGUUAAGAACAAUUUAGUGAUUCCGAAGGAAACUGCGGGGUCUAAUACAACAUGCUGAUGCUAUUCAGACCUCUAAAUAAACUUUUAGCUAGAUAUUUUAUCGCGAGGACGUAUUCCGAUUCUGGAGUCCGGCUGCGAAUUCUACCUACCAGCUGUUUUUUUGAUGAAUCAGUUCAGAUUAAAAUGGUCGGCCUGGCUCCGCAACAGCGCGUCGAGCUCCAGUCUAAACACAGGGAUGCCAAAGACGUGGUGUUUAGGGCUUCUGCCACCUACCAGGCAGACGGGAACGGAGAAAUUGACGUAGUGCGGCAUUCUUCCAUAGGCGGUACUUACACAGGUGUUGAGCCGAUGGGAUUAUUUUGGUCUAUGCAGCCAGAGGUUCCCCACAAAAACCUGACGAUUAUAGACGCCUCAAAACCCAUUUCGGUUGAAAUACAGGCUUCCAGCGGUGGCGAAAUCCUCGCCAAAGAGACAAACGAAAGGGUUUUGCUAGCUGAGGGUGUGCGAAGAGUUCCUAUACGGGGUGGCAGGUUAAAGGGAACCCUUUUCGUACCCCCUGGAGAUGGCCCAUUCCCUGGAAUUAUAAUUCUGAUUACUUUGGGAGGAAUCGCAUCUGAGCCACAAGCAGCUCUUCUGGCAAACAGGGGAUUUGUGGUGUUGGCCCUGGCUAUUUUUGGCUACCAGGAUGCGAGGAAAAAGGUUGAUGAGGUUCACCUGGAGUACUUUGAAGAAGCCAUUGCAUUCCUGCAGACGCAACCUAAGGUGCAACAAACUGGAGUAGGCAUAUUGUCAUUCUCAAAGAGUGGGGAUCUAGCUCUAUCAAUGGCAUCAUUCUUGACCAAUGUGAAAGCCACUGUCUGUAUCAAUGGUUGCAAUGCCAAUGUCUUGUUCCCACUCCACUACAAAGACAUGGUCAUCCCACCUCUUUUGGCCAAUACUGCAAAGAUAACCAUAAUGAAAUCAGGAAUUCUGGACAUCCGAGAUGCUGUUAAAGACCCCAUGGAGAAGGAGAACCUUGCCACCGUCAUCCCUAUUGAGCGUGCAAGCAGCAAGUUUCUGUUCAUAGUCUCAGAAGACGACAGGAACUGGAACAGUGUCUACUUUGCAGAGAUGGCUUGUAGUAGGCUCAGAGCACAUGGAAAGACAGACUAUGAGAUGGUGAGCUAUCCAAAGGCAGGGCACUAUGUGCAAGUGCCAUACAUGCCUCAUUACCCCUCGGGGAUCCAUGCAGCGGUGGGUCAAGUGGUUGCUUUUGGAGGGGAGCCAAAGGUUCAUGCACAUGCAGAGGUGGAUGCAUGGGGUAGAAUCCUGGAAUUUUUCAAAAAAUCACUUAAAUAAAUUCUGGAAAGUCAGGAUGUAGUAUUCUCCUAAAGAGUGUGCUUACAAUCUGAUACACUCGGUCCUGUCAGUCUCCAUACUUUCUGAUGCCAGUGAGGAAGACACACACCACAUGGGAUACACGCAAUGAACGUGAGACAAACACAUGAUCAAAAUAUAAACACAAGUCAUGUGCUUAGUCAAUACAGGAGUCUACCAGCAGGGGAGCAUCAUGUCAAUCUGGUUGGUUGCUAGCAGUUGCUUCCUUCAGCAUUUGCAUAUUUAGCAAUAGUGUGCUUGAAUAUUAUGUGCUUAUUUGUUCAGAUUAAAUUCAUCUUUGGAAGAUUGUUAUAUGCAUGGAAAACAUAGAUUUGGUGUCAUGGCAGGAGUAAGGCUAUCAUCAGUUGACUGAGCAAGCCCAAUUUCUCCCAUACUUGGCACUGUUCACACAAGUGGGGUUAAAGUAAGGGUUCUCUUUAUCACUGCAAAUGGAGUUUAUUUUGCCCAGUUAUAGGAUUCAAAUCUGUUCUGCUUAAGAACUAUCAUAUUUGGAACUCAAUGUCUUGUUAAUAAACCUACAUAUUUUAGGUCUGUUUCAAAAUAUUUCUUUGUACAAAGGUGCAAAUGGUAACAUUUUAUUUUAAUAGUUUUUUCCUAUUUUCAAAGAAAAGACUGAAGGACCACUUUUUCAGAGAGUAAAUAAAGGGGCCCUAUUAUGGAAAACUGAAUUUCACUUGCUUUAUUGAAAUAAAGAAAUUAUGUUUAA